AAUACAGUUUGCGUGCGGAGCUCGCCAAGGGCGGUUGAAAUUGAAAUUGUAUGCAGAAACGCUUCUCAAGUCCGCGACGCCAAGUUAUUGCAAAAGCGGGAGCGCUGGAAAUAUACUAUAAUUAAUUAGUAUAUAUGCAUACAUACAAGUGUAUGUUUGUGGCAAAUAAAUUAAAUUAAAUUGUUUGCUGCUUGGUGUAAUCGCAACAGUGUUGCAUUUAGUUUCUGCAGCGACAACGGUAAUAUCUACAGUCAAAGCACUUAAAACUAAUUAAGUCUGUGUGAAAUGUGCACUCUGGGUUAUGCAAAGUAAAUUUUCACCAUUAUAAUAUUAUUUAUUAGCAUUUCACUCUUUGUACUGCAAGUACAAGUGUUUGACUUCCGUUAUGUGAUUAUGUGGAGCAAAUAUUUAUUUUUAAGUCGACGUUUUGUUAGUGAACAAAAUUUUCCGACCUAUGCGUCUAUUUGUCCCUGCAAAUUUUGCCUGGGCAUACCGAGUUUGUACCAGCUGCUGUUGCUGCCAUUGUGUCUGUGACUGUGUAUCUGUUGCUGCCAUUUGUGUGGCUGUGUGUGUGUACUUGUAUAAAGCUGCUGUAAAUCGAUUAUUCACACUGUGGAACGGAGCACUGUAUAAUUUUGCUCUCAAGUGUGAAACAACUGAGACGAUUUAUCAAAGAAAUUUAUAUGUUUUCACUAUAAAAAGGUCUGAAAUCAGAGUUGUGUGUAUAAGUUUAAGAAAAAAGUGAAAAAUAUGAAAAACGAAAAUAAUAACAAAAUUUAAGCUCCGCCAACUCGUUGAUAUGCUUUAUGUUCUGCAGUUUUUUGUUUUUUAGAGAGUAGCAUCUCAGCUGUGCCUAAGCGUUGAAUUAAGGUGACCAGAUGUGUGUUUUGGCGGUGAAAGUUAAAAAAAGCAUCUAAAAGUGAAGUUCUUGUGAAUAAUAAUUUGAAAGAAAUCCAACUAAGGUUUUCUUAAUAUUGGUUCAAAAUAAGCGGUUUGAUUACGUAAGCCUUUGCAUUGUCAAGCAAGACAUUAAAAAAAUAAAUAAAUAAAACAACCCGAAAUUUAAUUGUAAUGUUAGCUGAUGGUUAUAAACAAGAAUAUAAAAAGCUUUUACUUUAAAAUAAGUUUUAAUAAAUUUUAGGAGACAAAACUAAAAAAAAAACAUAUACAUCGAUUGCACUGAAACUGUAAUAGGUUCACCGGCCAACGGUUUGCAUCCAAGAGAAAAAGUUUUUAUAGUUCUUUCUAGCCAAGUGUUCUACGUCAACCCUUUGCAAAGCAACAAAAGGAAAGUGAAAAGCAUGCCUCUACUUUUAGGCGCAACACCAUGCAAAAUAAUGUCUGCAAACACACUGCAUUGGCAAUAAAAACCAACUAAGUCAAUUAAAAGUUAUAUUUAGAUCAACAUCCAACAGGACAUCCCCAAAUAUUGCCCGUUAUAUGAGUUCAUCUUUUGAGGAACGUCAAGCCGGAGCAACAAAACAAGAUGUUAAUAAAAGAAUACCGUAUACCCUUGCCAUUAACGGUGGAGGAAUAUCGCAUCGCACAGCUGUAUAUGAUAGCGAAAAAAAGUCGCGAGGAGAGUCAUGGUGAGGGCAGCGGUGUUGAAAUUAUCAUUAAUGAACCCUACAAAGAUGGUCCCGGCGGCAAUGGACAGUACACGAAGAAAAUCUAUCAUGUUGGCAGCCAUCUACCCGGUUGGAUAAAAAGUUUAUUGCCGAAGAGCGCUUUGACGGUGGAGGAGGAGGCGUGGAAUGCCUAUCCAUAUACUCGCACGCGCUAUACCUGUCCGUUUGUGGAGAAAUUCUCGCUCGAUAUUGAAACUUAUUAUUUUCCGGAUAACGGUUAUCAGGACAAUGUGUUCAAAUUGAGCGGCAGCGAUUUGCGAAAUCGUAUUGUGGACGUCAUCGAUAUAGUGAAGGAUCAGCUAUAUGGCGGUGAUUAUGCAAAAGAGGAGGAUCCUAAACUCUUUGUAUCUGAUAAGACAGGACGUGGUCCGUUGGGCGAGGAAUGGCUGGAGGAGUAUUGGCGCGAAGUUAAGGGCAAGAAGCAACCCACCGGCCGCAAUAUGUCGCUUAUGUGCGCUUAUAAGAUUUGUCGCGUCGAAUUUCGUUAUUGGGGUAUGCAAACGAAGUUGGAGAAAUUCAUACACGAUGUAGCAUUGCGGAAAACAAUGCUGCGCGCACAUCGGCAAGCGUGGGCUUGGCAAGAUGAAUGGUUCGGUUUGACAAUUGAAGAUAUACGUGAGAUCGAGCGACAAACACAAUUAGCGCUGGCGAAGAAAAUGGGUGGAGGCGAAGAAAGCGAAAGUGAUGCGGAAGAUGCUGACAGCGUGGCGGACUUGCAUGGCCGACCAAUUACUGGCAGCACGGGCAGUGAACGUCGAAAGUCGAGUGGCGCGCCACCACCGAUUGUUACCCAAGAGCCACCUAGUACUGAAGGGACCUCGGAUGAGGAUGAAGAGGAAGCGGCUCAAGAAGUAAGCGCGCGCUCACGCUCCCAGAGCAUACAAAUGACAAAAUCGAAAUUUGGUUCGAAGGGAGCGCUACACUCACCGGUUGGUUCGGCGCAUAGCUUUGAUUUACAGCCGCAUGCUAAGAAUGUUCUCCAUAAAAACGUUGCCAAUUGGCGUAUGGAGCGUCUGGAAGUGGAUACCAAGUCCAAUUCUGAUGAAGAGUUCUUCGAUUGCGUUGAUACCAAUGAGACCAACUCGCUCGCCAAGUGGAGCUCACUUGAAUUGCUCGGUGAGGGUGACGAUAGUCCGCCGCCGAGUAGUGGUCUUGCAUAUAAAGACAGUCAAGAGGACAGUAUUUUCAAUCAAGACUUUCUAAUGCGCGUCGCCUCGGAACGUGGCAAUAAGCGACAGCUGCGUUCCUCGGCUAGCGUUGAUCGUAGUCAUGACGCAUCGCCGCCGGGUUCGCCAGGCACGCCAUCCUGUUCCACCACCAUACUAAUACUUGUAGUGCACGCGGGCAGCGUUUUGGACGCCACCAGCGAGCUGACCUCCAAGAAGUCAGACAUUACCACAUUUCGUGGCGCUUUUGAGGGUGUUAUGCGGCAACACUAUCCUAGUCUGCUGAGUCAUGUUACAAUCAAAAUGGUACCAUGCCCUUCCAUCUGCACCGAUGCCUUGGGCAUACUCUCUAGUCUUAGUCCAUAUUCGUUCGAUGCCUCACCGUCGGCUGUUGAUAUACCAAAUAUAGCUGAUGUACCGAUUGGCGCCAUACCAUUGCUUUCUGUGGCAUCGCCAGAAUUCCAGGAUACCGUUAAUAAGACAGUGACUGCAGCUAAUAUAGUCUAUCAUGAAUUUAUCAAAUCCGAAGAGGGUCACGGUUUCGCCGGUCAAGUGGUAAUGCUGGGUGAUUCGAUGGGUUCGCUGUUGGCCUAUGAGGCGCUUUGCCGCGGCAAUGGUUUAGAUGGUGGUGGCAGCCGCUCAUCGCGUACCGAUGACGAUGAACGCUUCAAUGAUUCCGAUUUAGAUGCUAAGCGGCUGUUGGUCGCACCAUCACCGCGACGUCGACGCUCGUCAUCGAGUGAUUCACGUGGCAAUAAAUUGGAUUUUGAAGUUGGUGAUUUCUUUAUGUUCGGUUCACCGCUCUCCAUUGUAUUGGCAUCGCGUAAGCUGCAUGAUGCCAAGACGGCGCUGGCACGGCCGAACUGUAAUCAAGUGUACAAUCUCUUCCAUCCUACCGAUCCGAUUGCUUCCCGUUUGGAGCCAUUGCUCAGCGCUAGGUUUUCCAUGUUGGCGCCAGUGAAUGUGCCGCGUUAUGCCAAGUAUCCCCUGGGCAAUGGCCAGCCAUAUCAUCUAUUGGAGGUCAUCCAAUCCCAUCCACAACAUUUCAGCGAAGCCAACAAUAUUUUGGGCAACAGACGUCUCUCGGAUGCCUCAAUGCAAAGUACUAUUUCUGGUCUCAUUGAAAAUGUAUCGCUAAGUACAAUCCACUCACUUCAAAUGAAAUGGUGGGGCACAAAACGUUUAGACUACGCCUUGUAUUGCCCGGAAGGUUUGAGUAAUUUCCCCGCUCAUGCCUUGCCACAUCUAUUUCACGCCAGUUAUUGGGAGAGCGCGGAUGUCAUAGCGUUCGUUUUACGUCAGAUUGGUAAGUUUGAUGGCAUUCCAUUUGUCGGCUCUGCAGACGACAAAGACACAGUCACCUUCCAUCCGAGUCAGCCACGAGAGAAAUGGAUGAAGAAACGUACUUCAGUAAAGCUGAAAAAUGUAGCGGCCAAUCAUCGUGCAAACGAUGUAAUUGUAUUGGAGGGGCGCGAGCAACGUCUCAAUGCACGUUUCAUGUAUGGACCGCUGGAUAUGAUCACACUGCAUGGCGAAAAAGUCGAUAUCCACUUAAUGAAAGAUCCACCAGCCGGUGAAUGGACAUUCCUUGCCACCGAGUUGACCGAUAAGAAUGGUCGCAUCACAUAUACCAUACCCGAACAAGUAUCACUAGGUUAUGGCAUCUAUCCGGUGAAAAUGAUCGUACGUGGCGAUCAUACAUCGGUUGACUGUUAUGUCGCCAUAGUGCCACCAAUGACAGAAUGUGUGGUCUUUAGUAUUGAUGGUUCCUUUACGGCGUCCAUGUCGGUGACGGGGCGUGAUCCGAAAGUACGGGCUGGCGCGGUUGAUAUCUGUCGCCAUUGGCAAGAGUUGGGCUAUUUGUUGAUCUAUAUUACGGGACGUCCAGACAUGCAACAACAACGUGUAGUAUCUUGGUUAAGCCAGCAUAAUUUUCCGCAUGGUCUAAUCUCUUUCGCUGACGGUUUACUCACCGAUCCGCUGGGUCAUAAGACCGCUUACUUAAAUAAUUUAGUGCAAAAUCAUGGAAUCUCAAUUGUAGCCGCCUACGGUAGCAGCAAAGACAUAACAGUGUAUGCAAAUGUGGGCUUGCGUUCCGAGCAGAUUUUCAUUGUGGGCAAAGUUAGCAAAAAAUUGCAAUCGAACGCUACCGUGUUGAGCGAUGGUUACGCGGCUCAUUUAGCUGGUCUGCAAGUGGUGGGCGGCUCGCGUCCCGCCAAAGGUAAUGCACGCAUGGUAAUUCCACGUGGUUGCUUUAAUUUGCCCGGACAGGCCUCGAAUCCACGGCGUAGAAGCAACGAAACCGGACUAUCGUCACCCAUACGCAGUGGCUACCUUAAACGGAAAACCUAUCUGAAUCUACACUAAAAGAAAGCAUGAAACAAAAAGAAAAGAGAAGAAAGCGAGCUUCAUAAAACUUCCAAAAUUGCGCAUGCGCGAACGCAACUUGCAGUACAAGGCAAAAUUGUAUACAAAAAUAACUGAAAUUGCAUAGAAUAACGUCCAACAUUGACGGCUGCUAAGUGAAAGCAAAAUAAAACAAUAACAACAAGAGAAGAACUGAAAUGUUAGAAAAUUUGCGCGCUCGUGUUUUCCAUCAAGGACGUCUCUAUAUAUCCGCCCGCCCGCAUGCCACACGUCUAACGAGAAACGCUUUAGCGGCAUUUAGCUUAGACAUAAUGAAACUAGUACGAGUAAUUCCUCCCCUCCAGAAAUACAAAGAGCAUAGAGCUUAGUCUUAGUCAGCGCUCCAGUUUAGUGCUCAUUUACUACUCAUCAUACACUUGCAUAUUUGUAUAUCUAUGAAGAGUCAAAGGAUGUGAAAGAAAUAUCAGCUGUAAUAAAAUAAAGCUUAACUAUCUAUACUAUUCAUACCUAUACAACUACAACAUAGAUAUAUACAAUAAUAUAUGUACCAAAAAUAUAGUAUAUAUAUGAAAAGAAAGGCUUCACCUAGUGUGCAGAAGUUUAGAGUUAAAUUGUGAUGAAGCGUAAGGGAGUACAGCACUGUACACUAACCCACCCACUUAUUUGCGAUUACUUAGUAGAGCCUUGCUCCUAGAACUCAAACAGUAACGAAUGCAAAUAAUGCAAAGAAUUGUAUAGAAAAUAUUUACGAAAUCACGCCUAAUGUGUCACGAGAAAAUGCAUUGAAAGACUACUUUGUAUUUGCAUCUUAUAGGUACCUGGCUAGAAAGACUGUUUCCUCCUGUUGUAUGAUGGUGUUUCAAUCUACCUAAAUACAAUAAUAAAUGUAUGUACUAUGUUAAAUGGAUUUAAACAAAAAAUAAAUGAAGUUUUGAACAAAUUAUGCAAACAAAAAGAACAAAAAGAAGAACAACAAAAAAACAAAUAAUGCUUCAAAAAGUAUUUUUGAGAAAUUGAAGUUAUAAAUUUUAAUGCAAAAAAAGAAACAAAUAAGCAUAGAAGAACAUAUUUACAUAAAUGCAUACAUACAUAUAUGUAACUAAAAUGUAGUACUAGUAACAAAACACAUACAUACAUACUCACAUACCUUCAUGUAAUAUACAUACAUACACAUAAACAUAUGACAAAGAACAAAGUUCAAAUUGUAUUUAUUAGACUAUAUAUAAAUAAAGUCACUCAAAUUAACUAAGUACAUACUUAAAUCUAAAUUUAAUUGGAUAUUUCUAAAGAAAAUAAAAACAAAAACAUAUAAAUUUAUAUGCGAAAACUAAACUGUGAAACAAAUUACGCUAAUAAAUAUCUAAAAAAAAUUUUAAAAAAAGCAUAAACAAUCUAAAAGCGAUUUAAGCGCUAAAUUUUACUAUACACACUUACAUACAUACAUAUGUAUAUACUUUGUUGCACACUUACAAAAAAAAUAAAUAAAUAAAUUACAUAUGUAAGCUAAAUAUUUUCAUUGAAAAAAAAAACUACAAAGAAAUGCUUAAAAUGUCUUUGAAAACUUCCAUUUAUCGAAAACUACCAGCUCAUAUGUAUUUAAUCAAAAACUAUAGAAAAAAAAAUUUCAUAGAAAUAAAAAUAAAACAGGCUGUUUUGCUAGAUUUGUGAAAUUACCGCUCUUUUAAGCAAAGUAUGGUACAUAUAUAUAAAAUUAAAAAAAAAAAUAAGAAAAUGUUUUUCAAAAACCAAUACAAACAUACAUAAUUCAAUUAAAAUUUAGCGAAAAAAACAUUUAUGACUAAAAAGCAUGUUACUAUUAGAUCUCUCUUUCAUCGUGAUAGCGUUCGAAAAGCAUUUUGCAUUUAUGUGUGUGUUUAAACAAGAAAAAAAUAUUAGGAAUAUGGUGACAAAUUUGUUGUACGUAGAUUUUUAGCAGUAAGUGUUAGCCAAAUGUACUAAAGAAAAGAACUUCACUCAUUUUGAAAACGAAAAAUUCGAAAAUUUCGCGCGACUCUUUUUAUUUCCAUUCGCAUAGCUCUUGAAUCUUUACGAUAUUAGUUCUCAGGUGAAUUUUUGAGCUGCCUAAAAGUAGACUAUGCAUAACGAACAGAAAUAUUUCACUCAACUCAACCACAAACACAUGCGCAUAUUUACAGUUUUUUAUUUUUACAACUCUAUUUGAGCUUAAAAAGGUUUUUAUAAAGCAGAGCCAGCAGAUAUACAUAUAAUAUGUGCGAAAACAGAUCGUAACGGUUACUAUUAAUAUCUACUGUGAGUCAAUAUAAUAAUAAGUAACGUUUUUCGUAUAAAACACCGUUAGCUUUACGUUUUAACCAUUUGGUUUGGAAACUUUACGUUUGUUUUUUGUUAUUGUUUAAGUGCUGUUCGGGUUUUAUCUUUGCGCGCAAAUGUAGGCCACGUUUUCUUAGGGAUAUUUAUUGCGUUGGUUUUAUCUAUUUUAUAUAUUCUCGAUAUUCAAAUGUUUGGUUUUGGCAUCGUAUUAUUGGUUGUUUGUUUUAAAUGAAUAAUCUAGAUAAAUGACUAUAGAGGGUUUUUCAUGUAAAAAUUUAGGCUUUACAUUACUUUGCUUUUUAAAAUUUAUUUAAAUUGCUGAAUUUGGUUUUAAAAGAAACUUGGCAAGCCACAAUUAAUCACUUGAAAAUUUCAAACAACUUUUUACUGCAAGCUUUUUUAUUUUGAAAAUGGUUUUGUGAGAUAACUCAUGACUACUUAAAAAAGAAUGACUCUAGUAAAAAAAGAAUAUAUAUUUUAAAUAUCUUGACUGAAAACAAGUUCUAAAAAGUCUUCUGAAUCCUCAUAAUCAAAAACAUCUCAAAUUGACUAUCUUUCUAACUGUAACUCAAACUUUCAGCGUUUGUUUCCAAGAUUUCCUUGAAGAUAGCAAAUCGUAUAUCCCGCUAUGUUGUAAGCUUGUAGUUUUGUUGGAUGCUCCUUAAGUAAACCUACCUUUUUGUGUCUCAAAUGCAAGGUAUUUUUUUUUAAUAAAAAUAUUUAUUUUUUACCUUAUUUUUUGAAAAGCGUCAUAAUUUUCAAUCGAAAAUUGUCACGUCAAAAUAUAUUUUUUUUUAAUUUGUUAAUAAGUUAACGGCAGUGAAAACUGUUCAUUUGUUUUCAAGAAUUGAAAAACUGCGAAAUAAAGAUAAACCAGACUUUUAAGUGAUCAACUGGACUCAAAUAUAGCAAAACAAAAUAAAUUGAAGUAGCCAAAGUGAUCAGAUGCAAACAAAAUUAAAAAAAAAUACAUAAAACAUUAUUUUCAUUCAACCAAAACUAAGAAGUUUAAUAAAUAAUUAUAUAUAUGUAUGUACAUUGCCUAUUUUGUAAAGCACAUUGACAGUUGUUGUUGUUGUCAGCUAAUUUAAGCUAGCGCAGCUUGCAGUUUCUAAAGACGUGCUAGCAGCGAUUCAAUGUAACAUGAAUUUGAAAGAAAUACAAAAACAAAAACAAAUAUACAAGUGAAUAUGAAAUAGAGAGUUGUUAAGUUUAAGAAUAGCUGUUGAAGAAUAUUUACAAAAAUUAUACAAGUGAAUAUUUACAAGCAUACAAAUUACAUACAUACAAACAUAAAUGAUAUUUGGAAUACAUAGGUGCGAAAACUAAAUAUCUACAUAUAUAUUUAUUCACAAGCAUUACCAGCAAACAUACAUACAAACAUAUAUUUUCAUGGAAAUAUACUCAAAGCAAAGUGAGAAGCAAAAAAAUAUUACUAACAACAAAAUAGUAUAAAUAGAAAGAUUCAAACCAUAUUUUGGAAUAUGCAGAGGCAUACAUAAACACUCGCACAUACACACACACACACAUAAAGUCAUACAUAUAUAAUAAUAUAUAAUAAGUAUUCCAAUAAAAAAAACGGCUGCAGAAAUACAAAAACAAAAAUACAAGUGCUAAACAAAAAACAAACAAACAACAACAAUAAAUUACGAAAAAUAAAUGAAACUCAAGCAAAAACCAAAAAUCAUGCAGUCUAGAAUAUUUGUAUGAGCUGCAUAGCUACUUUAAUAUAUACAACGGUUGACUGUUACAGUUUCCAAACAAUAUUGAGCUGUUAAUUUAUAUAUGUAUGUAUGUACAUAGCUGUAUUCGAAUUUGUGGCCAUUGCUGCCCAAGCUACUUUCGGUUUGAAACCCAACAACAGAGCAUACUGUGCCCCGCGUACAUUUGCUACUAGAAUUACCAUUAUUAUAUACAAACAAACAUACACACAUACAAAACAUAGAUGAAAAAGCUGUAAUUGUGUGUAAAAUUUGAGAAAAAACUACUAUGUUUAUCUUUUUGUUAACUAUUGUGUAUUGUAAAAUUUACAUUGUAAACGGAUAUUUGUGGUAAAAAGAAUACAAUAAAUCAAAAUAAAAGGAAAUGUGAAGAAA